AUCGGCCCCGGCCCGGAACCGGAACGCGGCCGCAACGGUCGCCGCGCACAGGCAGCACGAGUGCCACUUCCCUCCCUCCCCCCGCCUCGUCCAGCCGUCCCCGUCGUCGUCGCAUUGAAUUGCUUCUCGCGGUAGCGGUAGACCCAACCAACCUCCUACCCGCCUCCGCACCCGCGCCCGCGAGCUCCAGGCCGAGCCCAAGCUAGGGUACCCGCCCUCGGCACGAUGUCGCUGUCGCCGGCGGACGGCGCGGCGUACUGGCUGCGGUGGGAGGUCCUCGUCUGCGGCGCGCUCAUCGCGCUCCCCACGGCGGCCGCGGCGGCGCUGCUGCCGCGGCUGCGGAGGGCGGCGCCGCCCCUGCGCGCGGCCGACCUCUGGGUCACCUGCUGGGCGCGCCUCCACCCGGGCUGGCUCCUCGCCUACCGCGCCUUCGCGCUCGCCGCCGCCGUCGCCCUCCUCGCGCGCCUCCUCGUCGCCAAGGGCCUCACCGUCUUCUACUUCUACACCCAGUGGACAUUUCUAUUAGUCACCAUAUAUUUUGCGUUUGCCACAGCUAUAUCAGCUCAUGGAUGUUGGGUUUACUCAAGGAAAAGUUUGAGGAAAGCUGAUGAAUCCCAUGGAUUUCUUAAUCCUGAUGUCGAAAAUCUUGAUGUUUCCAAUUCUAUUUCUGGAGAGAGGAAAAAAGAUGAGACAAAUAUGAUGGUGAGCUAUUAUGAACAAAUAGUGAAUGAGAGAAGAGCUGGGUUCUGGGGCCGGUGCAUGCAAAUCAUAUACCAGACUAGCGCAGGUGCAACAAUGUUGACUGAUGUCACAUUUUGGGGGCUUCUUGUGCCAUUCUUCUACCGUGACAAGUUUGGGUUAGCAUUGGUCACUGAUGGCAUGCACUCCCUAAAUGCUGUUUUUCUACUUAUAGACACAGUUCUCAACAAUAUGCCUUUUCCCUGGUAUCGAAUGGCUUUCUUUGUUUUCUGGAGCUGCGCCUAUGUAACAUUCCAGUGGGUCCUUCAUGCUUGUGGAGACUUAUCCUGGUGGCCGUACCCAUUUCUGGACCUUUCAUCAUCUGGAGCUCCUCUAUGGUACCUCGGCAUGGCCAUCGCUCAUAUCCCCGGUUUCUUUCUGUAUUGGUUUAUUGUCAAGGCGAAGCACACUUAUUUCCCACGGAUGUUUCCACAUGCUUAUGUUAGGACAAUAUAGAUCCAUUUAUCUAACCACGGGUCAGGAUAAGCCUGUAUAAAUAUCGGUAGCAUACUAUUUCGACACCUGCUAGGCUCAAGUGUGCACCUGUAUAGUCUCGUGAAUUCACAGCCCCUUUGAGAUGGGUCUGAGCCCUGAGCACACGCCAGGACUGCCAUAUUGUUCAAUGAAUCGCAGAGGUUCACUGUCACCCUGGAAACACGGUCUUGUGCUCUGUGUGUUCUUCCUUCGCUUGAACUUGAAGUAUAUAUAUCAUGCACAUUGGAAGCAUGCCCAUGGUUUCCCUUUCCCUUAA